UCUAUGUACACUAGAUUCCCGACGAACUGAAGCAUCUCUCUCUCUCUCUCUCUCUGACAACUAGGGUUUCUUUCUACGUUCCGGUAAUCGCCGGUGUUUCUGGCCGGCGGGUCAGUCAUGGCGAGCGUGUACAUACCGGUGCAGAAUUCGGAGGAGGAAGUUAGGGUUGUUCUUGAUCAGCUCCCUCGUGACGCCUCUGACAUCCUCGACAUUCUCAAAGCCGAACAAGCUCCCCUCGAUCUCUGGCUCAUCAUCGCGCGGGAGUACUUCAAGCAAGGAAAACUUGAGCAGUUCCGCCAAAUAUUGGAGGAAGGGUCAAGUUCUGAAAUUGAUGAGUACUAUGCUGAUGUAAAGUACGAAAGAAUAGCAAUCUUGAAUGCCCUAGGUGCCUAUUACAGCUACCUGGGUAAAAUUGAGACAAAACACAGAGAAAAGGAGGAACAUUUCAUCCUGGCAACACAAUAUUACAACAAAGCAUCAAGAAUUGAUAUGCAUGAACCAUCUACUUGGAUUGGGAAAGGUCAGCUCUUACUGGCAAAAGGUGAAAUCGAUAAUGCCCUUCAGGCAUUCAGGAUUGUAUUGGAUGGAGCUCCUGAUAAUGUUCCGGCUCUUCUGGGUCAGGCUUCUGUGGAAUUUAAUCGUGGAAGGUUUUCCGAGUCAUUGCAAUUGUACAAGAGGGUCCUGCAAGUGUAUCCUGGAUGUCCUGCAGCUGUACGACUUGGCAUUGGUCUUUGUCGUUAUAAGUUGGGGCAACUUGAAAAAGCACGACAAGCUUUCCAGCGUGUUCUGCAGUUAGAUCCUGAUAACGGUGAGGCUCUCGUGGCUCUGGGGAUCAUGGAUUUGCAAGCUAAUGAUGCUUCAGGAAUGAGGAAAGGGAUGGAGAAAAUGCAGCAAGCUUUUGAGAUAUAUCCCUAUUGCGCAACUGCAUUAAAUUACUUGGCCAACCAUUUUUUCUUCACGGGCCAGCACUUUCUUGUUGAGCAGCUUACUGAAACGGCCUUAGCUGUCUCAACUCAUGGGCCGACAAAGUCGCAUUCUUUUUACAAUUUGGCACGGUCGUACCACAGCAAGGGGGACUAUGAAAAGGCAGGAAUGUACUAUAUGGCAGCCAUCAAGGAAACUAAUAAUAAACCACAGGAAUUCGUGUUUCCCUACUUUGGUUUGGGGCAAGUACAGUUGAAGUUAGGUGAACUUAAAGGAGCACUUUCCAACUUUGAGAAAGUUUUAGAAGUUUAUCCUGACAAUUGUGAGACCCUGAAGGCUCUAGGGCACAUACACACCCAGCUUGGGCAAACUGAUAAGGCCCUGGAAUUAACACGGAAAGCUACAAAACUUGAUCCACGAGAUGCCCAGGCAUUUGUUGAUCUUGGGGAGUUGUUGAUAUCAUCUGACACUGGAGCUGCGCUUGACGCCUUCAAAACUGCAUGUACACUCAUGAAAAAGGGAGGUCAAGAAAUUCCUAUAGAAGUCCUGAAUGAUAUUGGUGUUUUACAUUUUGAGAGGGAAGAAUUUGAGUCUGCUCUCCAUAAUUUCAAGGAGGCUUUGGGCGAUGGGAUAUGGCUUAAUUUACUUGAUGGAAAAGUAAAUUUAGAUCAGAUUGGAGUAUCAGUUCUUGAGUACAAAGAUUCUGGCAUUUUCCAUAGAUUAAAUGAAAGUGGGCACUCUGUUGAUGUACCUUGGAAUAAGGUCACAACUUUAUUUAACCUAGCCAAGUUACUUGAGCAGUUACACAAAACAGAAACUGCAAGUUUGUUGUAUCGGUUGAUACUCUUCAAGUAUCCUGGCUAUGUUGAUGCUUAUUUGAGACUUGCUGCAAUUGCAAAAGCUCGGAACAAUUUUCCACUGGCCAUCGAACUGGUGAAUGAGGCUUUGAAGGUGGACGAUAAAAAUCCAAAUUCACUAUCUAUGCUUGGCAGCUUGGAGCUUAAGAAUGAUGACUGGGUUAAAGCAAAGGAAACUUUCCGAGCUGCUAGUGAUGCAACCGACGGAAAGGAUUCAUAUGCUAUUCUUUCUUUGGGGAACUGGAACUAUUUUGCAGCGAUGCGCAAUGAGAAAAGAAAUCCUAAACUGGAAGCUACACAUUUGGAGAAAGCUAAGGAACUCUAUUCUAAAGUCCUGGUUCAACAUAAGUCCAACAUGUAUGCUGCCAACGGCGCUGGAAUUGUAUUGGCAGAGAAAGGCCAUUUUGAUAUUGCAAAGGAUCUUUUUACUCAGAUUCAAGAAGCUGCAAGCGGAAGUGUAUUUGUUCAAAUGCCAGAUGUGUGGGUGAAUCUGGCUCAUGUCUUCUUUGCUCAAGGGAAUUUUGCCUUAGCCGUGAAAAUGUAUCAAAACUGCUUGCGGAAGUUCUUUUACAACACAGACUCUCAAAUUCUUCUUUACUUAGCCCGUACCCAUUAUGAAGCUGAGCAAUGGCAAGAGUGCAAGAAGACACUAUUGAGAGCCAUUCACUUGGCACCAUCAAAUUACACAUUCAGGUUUGAUUUAGGCGCUGUAAUGCAGAAAUCUUCAUCUUCCACCCUGCAAAAGAAAAAGAGAACAGCGGAUGAGGUGCGCUCAACAGUUGCAGAGGCAGAGAAUGCUGUUCGUGUCUUUACUCAGUUGUCUGGUGCUUCAGACCUCCAUGUUCAUGGUUUUGAUACGAAGAAAAUUCAAACCCAUGUCCAGUAUUGCUCACACUUACUUGAGGCUGCAAAAGUGCACCGUGAAGCAGCUGAGCGUGAGGAGCUGCAGAACCGGCAAAGGCUAGAAGUUGCUCGUCAGGCUGCUUUGGCUGAGGAAGCACGCCGUAAGGCUGAAGAACAAAGGAAAUAUCAGCUGGAAAAACGAAAACAGGAGGAUGAGCUUAGGCGCCUCAAGCAAGAGGAGGAAAAGUUUCAACGUGUAAAGGAACAAUGGAAGAGCACCACACACUCCUCUCAUCAUAAGCGGAAGGAGAGAGUUGAGUCUGAUGAUGGAGAAGGUAGGCAGAGUGAGAGGAGAAGAAGAAAAGGCGGAAAGAGAAGAAAGAAGGACAGGAGUUCUAGGCAACACUACGAGGAUGACGAAGAAGCUGCGAAUGAUGAUUACAACGAACUGGAAGAUGAAGACCCUAACACAAAUUAUAGGGAAGAGGCAAAUGAGAUGAAUCAAGAAGCUGAGGAACCAGCAGCAGAAGAUGAUGCUCAUGACCUCCUCACAGCUGCUGGGCUUGAAGAUGAUGUUGACGAUGAUGAGGUUAUUCCUUCAACGACUGCUUCCCGACGAAGACGGGCACUUUCAUCAGAUGAUGAAGAUGAACCAACUGAGAGGCAGCCGUACUCAAGCCCUGCAAGAGACGAUUCUCCCGCAAAGCAAGACAGCGAUGGUGGAGACAACGACAACGACAACAGAGGAGAUGAUGCUAACUUGGAUGACGAGGAGGCCGAGUGAGUAAGGUCUUCGUACAAUAAAGGAGGUCUGUGUAUGUUGUAACUCUAGUUUUCAGAUUUCAUUUGUCAAUCUCUUGAUUCAAUUCACAGUUUAAGAUCCGAAGCUUAGAUAUCUCUUAGAAUGAAUUCUGGGUUGUUUCAUGUUAAUUCCAUUGUUAAUGGAAAAGAGGUUUUGGACUGCAGAAA